UCACCGACUGUUGGACUGUUGCUCCUCGACGCUUCCGACGACUCGGUUCUUGUUAUUUCGGGUCGGAGCGCCGCCGCGGAGCUCUGCAAAGACACACACCGACCACCAAUCAACCAACGAGGACCUUAAGUCCCCGUGUAGCCCCUAGCAGCGCGUGUAGACGCCAGCAGGCUCGGGUCGAGAUGAGCGUGGAGGCGUACGGGCCGAGCUCCCAGACCCUCACCUUCCUGGACACGGAGGAGACGGAGCUGCUCGGAGCGGACACGCAGGGAUCCGAGUACGACUUUACCGACUUCACGCUGCCCAGCCAGACCCAGACCCAGGGCCACAGCCAGAGCCAGCUGGACGGACAGGUAAAUGGUCCAGAUGAGGUCCUGCACAACGGGGGAGUCGACGAGUCCGUCGUCAAAACCAGUCAGUUGUUGGGCGAGCUGAACUUUGAGGAGGAUGAGGAAGACGCGUACUACACCAAAGACCUACCUGUGCACGCUUGCAGCUACUGUGGUAUCCAUGACCCAGCAUGUGUGGUAUACUGCAACACCAGCAAGAAGUGGUUCUGUAAUGGACGUGGCAACACAUCUGGCAGCCACAUUGUGAACCACAUGGUGAGGGCCAAAUGCAAAGAAGUAACAUUGCAUAAAGAUGGACCCCUGGGAGAGACAGUGCUGGAGUGUUACAACUGCGGCUGCCGCAACGUCUUCCUUUUGGGCUUCAUCCCAGCCAAAGCUGAUUCUGUGGUUGUGCUUCUUUGCAGGCAGCCAUGUGCCAGCCAGAGCAGCCUGAAGGAUAUCAACUGGGACAGCUCACAGUGGCAACCCCUGAUCCAGGACCGCUGUUUUCUGUCCUGGCUGGUGAAGAUUCCAUCAGAGCAGGAGCAACUUCGAGCUCGUCAAAUCACUGCUCAGCAAAUCAAUAAGCUGGAGGAACUCUGGAAGGACAAUCCCACCGCUACCUUGGAGGACCUGGAGAAACCCGGUGUGGACGAGGAGCCUCAGCAAGUGCUGCUGCGCUAUGAGGAUGCUUACCAGUACCAAAACAUCUUUGGCCCUCUGGUGAAACUGGAGGCUGAUUAUGACAAGAAACUUAAGGAGUCACAGACCCAAGACAAUAUAACAGUCAGGUGGGAUCUAGGACUGAACAAAAAGCGGAUUGCCUAUUUUACACUCCCCAAAACGGAUUCAGAUAUGAGGCUGAUGCAAGGUGAUGAAAUCUGCUUGCGUUACAAGGGAGACUUGGCACCGCUGUGGAAGGGCAUUGGCCAUGUCAUCAAAGUCCCGGACAAUUAUGGUGAUGAAAUUGCCAUUGAGUUGCGAAGUGGGGUUGGAGCACCCGUGGAAAUCCCACACAACUUCCAGGUGGACUUUGUAUGGAAAUCCACUUCUUUUGACAGGAUGCAAAGUGCCCUCAAAACCUUUGCUGUUGAUGAGACCUCUGUGUCUGGCUACAUCUACCACAAACUUCUGGGCCAUGAGGUUGAGGAUGUCACCAUCAAGUGCCAGCUACCAAAGCGCUUCACUGCCCAGGGUCUGCCUGACCUCAAUCACUCACAGGUGUAUGCUGUGAAGACAGUGCUCCAGAGGCCUCUCAGUCUAAUCCAGGGUCCUCCUGGCACUGGGAAGACUGUUACAUCUGCCACAAUUGUAUAUCACCUUUCCCGGCAGGGCAAUGGACCAGUUCUGGUCUGUGCCCCCAGUAACAUCGCUGUGGACCAGUUGACUGAGAAGAUCGACAAGACUGGACUGAAGGUUGUCCGGCUGUGUGCUAAAAGCCGGGAGGCCAUCGAGUCCCCAGUAUCUUUUCUGGCACUCCACAACCAGAUCAGCAACAUGGACAGUAUGCCAGAGCUUCAGAAACUGCAGCAGCUAAAGGAUGAGACUGGAGAGCUUUCGUCUGCUGAUGAAAAACGCUACAGAACUUUGAAGCGCACAGCUGAGAGGGAACUGCUGAUGAACGCUGAUGUGAUUUGCUGCACCUGUGUUGGGGCUGGGGAUCCCCGUCUGGCCAAGAUGCAGUUCCGCUCCAUCCUGAUUGAUGAGAGCACUCAGGCCACUGAGCCGGAGUGUAUGGUCCCCGUGGUGCUGGGAGCCAAACAGCUCAUCCUUGUGGGUGACCACUGCCAGCUGGGUCCCGUGGUGAUGUGUAAGAAGGCAGCCAAAGCAGGUCUGUCUCAGUCCCUAUUUGAACGUUUGGUGGUUCUGGGAAUCCGACCAAUCCGCCUGCAGGUCCAGUACCGCAUGCAUCCGGCUCUCAGUGCCUUCCCCUCCAACAUCUUCUAUGAGGGCUCCCUACAAAAUGGUGUCACUGCAGCUGAUCGCAUCAAGAAAGGCUUUGACUUUCAAUGGCCUCAGCCAGAUAAGCCCAUGUUCUUCUAUGUGACUCAAGGUCAGGAGGAAAUUGCCAGCUCUGGAACUUCGUACCUUAACAGGACUGAGGCAGCCAACGUUGAGAAAAUCACCACCAGGUUGCUGAAAGCAGGAGCCAAACCUGAUCAGAUUGGAAUCAUCACCCCGUACGAGGGUCAGCGCUCGUACCUUGUCCAGUACAUGCAGUUCAGUGGCUCCUUGCACACAAAACUCUACCAGCAAGUGGAAAUUGCCAGUGUGGACGCCUUCCAGGGAAGAGAGAAAGACUUCAUCAUCCUGUCUUGUGUCCGUGCGAACGAGCACCAGGGCAUCGGCUUCCUGAAUGACCCUCGCCGUCUCAACGUGGCGCUGACCAGAGCCAAGUACGGUGUGAUAAUUGUUGGGAACCCAAAGGCCCUCUCCAAGCAGCCGCUGUGGAACAACCUGCUGAACAACUACAAGGAGCAGAAAGUUCUUGUUGAAGGACCCCUGAACAAUCUUAGGGAGAGCCUCAUGCAGUUCAGUAAACCCCGCAAACUGGUCAACACCAUCAACCCUGGGGGACGCUUUAUGAGCACUGCCAUGUACGAUGCACGCGAGGCCCUCAUUCCUGGUUCUGCCUACGACCGCAGCAAUGCUGCUGGUCGUCCAUCGAAUAUGUAUUUUCAAACCCACGACCAGAUUGGGAUGAUUGGGGCAGGCCCUGGUCACAUGGCCGCUAUGAAUAUCCCAAUACCGUUCAACCUAGUGAUGCCCCCGAUGCCUCCACCCAGCUACUUGGGCCAGACCAACGGCCCUGCUGCAGGUCGUGGUGCCAUGAAAGGUAAACCUGGCCGUAGCGGGCGACAGAGGGUCCGUGGCUCUGGACACCAGGCCAGUCAAGGUAACGGACCCCACAGCCAGGUCAGCAUGGACGGGGCCUCCCAGUCCUUCUCUCAGGGGCCACUGACUCAAGGUUACAUCUCCAUGAGCCAGCCCUCUCAGAUGAGCCAGCCCGGCCUCUCCCAGCCCGAGUUGUCUCAGGACAGCUACCUGGGUGACGAGUUCAAGUCCCAAAUCGAUGUGGCUUUGUCCCAGGACUCGACUUACCAGGGUGAACGUGCGUACCAGCAUGGCGGGGUGACCGGACUGUCACAGUACUAAAGUGUUACCUGAGGAAGGGAGCUAGGCUUAAGCUGAGCUUAGUUCAUCAGCUUUUUAAUCUGGGAAAUAAUAAAAACAUAAAAUGGAUACCUGUUUUCCUCUGCUACAUCCGAAGCACCACCAAGUGAAAGCGACGGGAUAGCAAAACCAAACGAAUGACCAGAGAGAGAAAUAAGAGGCUAGAAGAAGAAGAGAGCACUAACAGAUGCGCAGGGAGAUGGAGAGGCCGCGUGAAAAAGCGAUAGGCAGGAACCGCUGCCCGUGCAUAACGAAGGAGGGAAGUCGAGAAGAUGGCAGCGUCUGGUCGGGCUGCUGAGGGAAACAGAGGAGAGAUCAACAGUCUCUCCAAGAGAAUCCAAGAGGUUCAGCCCCCCAACAAAAUAAUCCACCCACCACCGUAGCGCCAGUCAAGUCUCGCACUUGACUUCAGAUGAGGAUCAAAGCUUUUCAGAUGAAUUUGAGGAAUUCAUUCUCCAAACCUGGACAGGAAUGGUUGCAGAAAGCUUUCAAACAAGCGGCACAAAAAAAGUCCCCAUGCUGGAUAUUGGUUGUGUACCAACCUGCGAUAUGUCCCAGACUAUUUUGAAUUAGGUUUACCAUGGGAGGAUAAUCUUCUACUGGGCCCAAAAACCUCGGCAGCCUCUGAAGGAAGAAGCAGUCGACACACCCUCUCAGAGAAGAAAUGAUUAAAAACUGGUUUCUGUGCUUGAGUCUGAUUGGAAUACCUUUCAUUUGCCUUGAGAACCACUGGCUCAUUCACAAGGUCUCUAAUGGGGUGGUUUCGACCACGUGUCACCGGUGGAAAGGCAUGUGGAUUUCAGACUUUAUUCUUUUUUUUUUUGGUUCUGUUUUUUCUUUUAAAGCAUGAGACGCGAGUUCCACCAAUAUCGCAGUCCUCAUGGGACAGUUUUUCCUUCUCUGAAGUUUUUUUUUCUUAUCACAGAGCACAAAAUCGCAAAAAAAAAAGUUGGAAACUAUCAAACAUGACCAGCAUUGAAUAUUCAGCCCAGUGUCAUUUGAUGUUUCAGUCAAGGGUUUUUCUUCUAGCUUUGAAAAGCAGGGAUAACUGAUGGCUUGCUGAGCUUGAUGACCACCUUUUCUUUCUUUUGUUUUUUUGUUGUUUUAUUUUUUUAGACCGAAUGCUUAAGAUUGGCAAAUGCUUGGAUACUUUGCGCUGAGUGAUUACUCAGGCAGUGUUGGACUGUCCACACCCAUCAAACGAGUCCUUGCUUGAGGCGAACAAAAGUAAACAAGGGGGAUUAAAGGAUGGUGGUAGAUGAGGCUCACAGGCAGUCGUGCCAAUCAAUCCACCUCGAAGUAGAAAAGGAAGGUGGCUGAUUGAGAGGGGAGCAAGCUCUAUGAAAUGUGAGGAGAAAAUAUUUAGAGGGAAACGUGUGGCUUUUGGACUUAGUCCAAACAGAACACCACAGUUGUUUGUAAAGGCCAAGCCCAAGAGAGAAAAUUCACAUCAACCAAGACAGCCAGGUAGGUGGAAAUAUUGCUAAAAUAUUAAUAGUAAAAGUAAAAAUAAAUUGAUAUAUUGGGUUGUAAAUUAACCCUAUAAUUGGAAGGAAAAAGAAAAUCUGCAAAAUCUGAAAGACCUUUGGUACCAUGUGGAUUAAAAUGCAGUGUACAAGCCAUCAUUGGUGAUCAGAUGAUGGUGAGGAGAUGACACCAGAAUCAGUGCCUAUAACCAGUAAACCUUCAGAUAAACAGCUGCAGCACAAGCAUGAAUGUAGUUUAAAACCAGACUACCAGCAUAUUCAGACCUUCCAAACAGCAGAGGGCUCAAGAAACCCACAGGAAAGGACUUUAAUUUUUUUUAAUUUAUUUAAAUAAAUUAUGUCAGGUAAGGACGAGGGCAGUGAAUUUAACAGCUGGGUUGGGCUGAUGGCAAAAAGCCACCUUCCUUCUCUGUGGAGUUAAAACAGGCUGGUAGAAUUUCCUUUUUAUUUUUUCUUCUCCAAAGCUUCAGUGGAUGUUUGAUUUUGUGCAAAGCUGUUUUGCCUGCAUUGUGUUGUUAUUAGACUUCCUCCUGAGAUUAAUGAUGAUAAACCUUCCUGGAGAGCUGUGAAACACAACCCCAAGUUUAUCUAGACUUUGCUUUAGUUAUAAUUACUGCUGUGUGCAUCACUGUUACGAUCAUUUGACCAUUUUGUGUAGUUUUACUAAAACCUGUCUUUUGUAACAACUUGCUGACUGUAGGAAUGAGGCGUAAGCCGUUUCCUUUCUUCAGAGACUUUUGUACCUUCCUCAAACUCUCCAAGGGAUUGUAGUUUUGUAACUCUUCGAGGAGAGACACUUUCUGCACACGGUAAGAAUGUAGUCCUCGGUUGUUUCUCACCUGCUUCUCAUUUCCUACACAUGACAAUCAUGCUCCAUAUUGUCACCAUUUUUAAUUGACUUAGAAAUAGUUUUGUUGAUAUUGUGGUAAUCUCAUCUGUGCUAUGUUAUUUUAACGCAUCAACCCGCUCAACUUAACUAUGUUAUAGCUUUAAAGAAAAAAAACUGCUUUCCUGAUAUUGCUUUGAGGUUUUUCCUUCAUCUGAGCCACAAUCAAUUGCAACGUAGUAGCGAUUCAGUUAUUGAUUUGUUGUCAAAAUGUUUGCAUCCAAACUGAGGGACUAGAAACGUCAGUGUGAUGUUAAUGCAUAUUUGAACCGAUGAGUCUUCUUUGCAGUGAUGUUUCACCAAACGAUGGUUCCCUUGUUCAACUGAAUCAAUAAAGAUUUUCAAUUUCA